AUGGUCGACCAGGAGGCGCUAGAGUCUAUCUUGAACUCGGACCCGGAUGCUAUGACGCAAACCGGGUUUGUUCGUCUGGUUUAUGGAGAAUGGGAACCGGAGGUAAAUGAAGAUGGCAAUGACUCAGUCGAUUUAGAUGAGGGGCUUGAGCCCCUAGAGGGAUGUACGCAGGAAGAUAUUGGUUGGAUGAAAGUGCCUUACGAUGAGGUGCAGGGGAUUGGAGCCACAGCAAUAUGCGAUAUGCACGACUGGGAUAUGUAUUAUGCUCGUCCUCCAGAAAUGCAGGCCUUGGGUUGA